AUGGGUCAAGAGGGACUUGCAUCUGCAUGCGAAGAAAUCCAGUACAGGGCCAGCCAGGCACAGCUCAUCUUCGUAAACGUGGAUAUCCAACCCUCAAAUUCGUUCGCCAAAGAAGGCGCCUUCCUUGCUGAUUAUUUGGACAAGACUCGAGAUGUCAGCCUCGUCUGCGUGACUGACACAGUUUUCGAAGACCACGCGAGGUACCGUCGCUCGCGUACCUCCGCACAAGAACUCUUCGACAUCUGCCGCGCGCGCAACAUUCCCAUUAACAUCACCGACAUCCCCGAACUCUGUGACUUCACGUUCGCAUCCACCCACCGCUUCGUUGAUCCCGAGACGGAGCAGAAAACACCCCUCCAGCUCGCCGUGGUCACCAACGGCCAGGGCUGCCGCCUCUCUGGGCGCAUACGCCGAGAGGUGCUCACAAAACUGCCCAAAGAUGCUGGCGUGGCUGUCGCAAAAGUUGGAAAGCUCCGGAGGCUGGCGAAAGACGUCGCUGCUCAAAGCUCGGCCUCCUCCGCCGCUGACGAAGUGUGGACCGAAGAAAACCGGGCGUUGACGCCGAAUCGGCCCGUACCACAGAGGAACAGAUCCGCAACCGAGAGCGAGCUGGAGAGCACGCGGCGCAGGAUGAAGUGGGUCGCUCAGAUCAGCGAGUACUGGUCAUAUUCGCGGCUGGCGAAGAUGUCCGAGCAGGACAUGUUAGACGUGUUGAAUGACGAAGAAUCGAACAACGAAGUCAGGUCGCUGCAUGCGCUAUCCGUAGGGCCCGCUCCGCCAAAGCAGGGCCGCAUUCUACUGGUUGGAUCUGGUCCAGGACACCCCGGUCUGCUCACGGUAGCGACGCACGAUGCACUCACGAGACACGCCGAUUUGGUGCUAUCCGACAAACUCGUGCCAGAGGCCGUUCUCGCUCUCAUCCCAUCUCAUGUCGAAGUGCGUGUGGCGCGUAAAUUCCCCGGGAAUGCGGAUGGCGCGCAGAAUGAAAUGAUGGAGGCCGCGGUCGAAGCAGCAAAGCGCGGCUUGACCGUCGUUCGCCUUAAGCAAGGCGAUCCGACGGUUUACGGACGUGCAGGCGAGGAAGUGCUCUAUUUCCGCUCGCAUGGCUACGAGUCAGUUCUUAUCCCCGGCGUGAGUUCUGCGCUUGCAGGCCCCGUCUUUGCUGGCAUCCCCGUCACACAACGUGGUGCUGCCGAGUCUUUCAUUGUCUGCACUGGUGUCGGCCGACAGGGCAAAGAGGUCAAGCUGCCAGGCUAUGACCGCGCGCGCACGCUCGUGAUCCUCAUGGGCGUCGCACGUUUACGACAGGUUCUCGACACGCUGCAGGCCGAGUCUUGCUCGCGCCGCGACGGCGUGGCGUACCCUUCUCAUACCCCUAUUGCAAUCAUCGAGCGCGCGUCCAUGCCGGAUCAGAGAGUCAUCACGUCGACGUUGGCAAACGUAGCCGUUGCGCUGGAAAGAAGCGGGGAACAGCGACCUCCAGGGAUGAUCGUGGUUGGAUGGUCAGUGUUGUCGCUUUGGGGGAGCGGGGAUGUUCAGAUUCUGGACGAGGGCGCACAGCAACUUGAUCAGACGAGAAUUGACAGGUGGUUGAACGGUGAAGCUUGGCGGAUUACGGAGGGCUUUGAUAACGGAUGGGAGAGACUCUAGGUUUGUUUGCUUAUUCGAGUUCCUGGUCCUUUGGCCAUAUCUAUCGAGAGCUGGGUGUAUGGUAGAAUGUAUCGGAUGUAAUAUUCAGCGCGCUAAUCUUUGGUC